UUAAUCGAUUACAAGGAGAAUCUUUUCGUCAAGUGUAUAUUACUACAUCUCAAAUUGAAGUUGCUAAUAUACAAUGGAACUAUAAUCAAAUAAAUGAUGUUAUUAAAGUGGAAAUUUGGGAUGUGUAUUUUAACAUAUUAAUUUUCUUGGUAGCCCCGACUAAACUACCGCCACCCCGUUCUGCGCUUCUACCACCGGAUCAACUUACACUUGAUGCUGCAACUACAGAUGCGAUAUCGGAGGUUAAUCGUGAACGAAUAUCAGAAUAUCCUUCGUCCAAUAUGGUUCG